AUGUUUUCCGGCAAGACAACGGAAUUGAUUCGUCGUCGAAAUCGUUAUGCCUUGGCAAAUCGCACCUGUAUGGUUGUAAAGUACUCAGGAGACACACGCUAUGACUUGCAAAAAGUUGUCACUCACGAUCUUAUUACUAAAAAUGACAUUACAGCCUAUAAUAAAUAUUUCAGUUGGCAGAUGCAAGAUGCUACGAUUGCUCGUACAGUUGGAGAAAUUUUUGAAAUCUUAAAGAAGUACGAGAUUAUUCUGAUCGAUGAAGGGCAAUUCGUAUGUUAUCAGUUCUUUAUUUGCUCAUUAGCUGAAGAAAUCGUGAAACUAAAAGCAGUAUGCAUAGGUUGUGGUAACGAUGCUUCAUUUACUCACCGAAUAAUUUCAAAUCAGAAGGCAAUCUUUAAAAGUUUAAUAAAGUCUAUCUGGCUUCAUCAAAACUUAUCUUUUUUCGAGAUUAAUGCGUUUUCUUUUUUAAGGAAAAUGUGUUUAAUAGUUCUCAUUUACAGCAGGAAAUGA